AAUGUGGAAUGUCUAAAGACAUGUCUGUGUAAAGCAGAGCCACCCAAGAACAUUGACGGGUUGGCCAUCCACAAGGUGUACUGCUUCACUGUGUUGAAGUACUUUCCUGUAGAUGCUUUGAGCCCUGGCUUCCAGGUGCUGCUGGCAAAUCCAAGCCAACAACAUCUGCGGGUGAUUGCCUCACACUCAGCCAUGAGUCAGGAGACAGACAUGCUGAAGCGGGGCCCAAGAGCCAUUCCAGCCCAAAGAGCCCAGAGUAAGCCCAGAGGGCCCAUGGCUCUGAAGGUUCCCCCACCGGAGGAGGAGAACCCUAGGGUGAAAUGCAGAGACUGUGGGGCCUUUGGCCACAGAUCGAGGAGCAUGAGGUGCCCCAUCAAGUGUGGCUCUGGGUUGCUAGUGCCACAGCUGCUGGAAGCCCGGGAGGAGAAAGAGAACCAGGAUCCUCACAGGGCCCAGGUCCUCCAGAAACCAGGGGACAUAAGGCAGACUGAGAGAGACAAGAAACGUGAGGCAGCACACUGCCAUCCACAGGACAGACAGAUCCCAAACAUCAGCCUCUGGGCCCCAGGGAAGAAACCUCCCCAGGGCCCCACACAGCCUGGGCCCAAUCCACCAAAGAAACCAAGGAUCACUCUCCCAACAAGACCAGCGGACUGCAAGACAAGGAUGCUUUCCAAGGCCUCAGGGCCAGGAAACCAGUCCCAGAACAAUGCAAAAAGCCCUGCAGGGAAAGAGGCACCUGAAAGGAGCAGGAAAGUGGCAGCCCAGGUGCCCAGCACUGGGACUGAACAAGCACCGCUGCAUAGCAAUAGAGCUGCCCCACCCUCAGCCACACCUUGCCAUGAGACCCAGGAGCCAUGUGCUGCUCAUGUAGCAGGCCAACCCCUGAAAAUGAUCUUCACCAGACUGCAUGGGGAUUGGUGGACGUCCAGGUUCCUGACAGUGGACCCGGUUCUUCCCGGUGAGAAGAAGACAUCUCCACCCGAGACUCCUGCCUCCCAGGAGAAAGGGGAUGGAGCACACUCCCAGCUCCCAAAGAGUGUCCUCUAUGAGGACCUUCAGGUCUCCUCCUCGUCAGAGGAGAGUGAAGAGGAUGGAGCACACUCCCGGCACCCAUGGGCUCUCCUCUAUGAGGACCUUCAUUUGUCCUCCACUUCAGAGGACAGUGAUGGGGAGUGAGCCAUCAGCCGGCAAGAAGAUGCCACCUCCCUGCCCAGAUACACCCAGAAAACUAUGUGAUGGACCCUUCGGAAGGGAAAACAAUCCCAG